AUGGAUCAGGGAAGCAUCUAUAACGGAGACGAAUAUAGAAGAGACAAACUGUCUAUAACAAUAGACAUGAUCAUUUUUGUCAUCUUCAUAAUUCAUAUUAUGGGAUCAAUUAUAUUCAUGUGUAAAAUGGCUAGUUAUAAGAGGAAUUACAUAUACACUUCCGUAACACAUCGCUAA